AUGGAUGAAUACUAUGAAUUGCUGAAACUGCACAUGGAACUCAAUACCAAAUACCCAAUAGGCGAAUAUGGUCCACCAGUAGUUCACUGCAGUGCUGGUGUUGGCAGAACAGGAACACUUAUUUGUGGACGAUUCCUUCUUGAACAACUGAGAAGAGAUCCCUCGAAAAUUGAUGUAGUGGGUACAGUGUUGGCUUUGCGACGAUGGAGAAUGCUUACGGUGCAGACUAUAGUUCAAAUGGCAUUCUUGUAUCUCUUUGUUCUUCACGUUAUUAAGAAAGAAAAUCUGGGUCCGACUAUUCUUACGCCAUUUGAGGACAUAGUUCCUGCUUUAUUUUUCAUCUCUCAAGCAAGAGCUUUUGCCCAUCGUGUUCGCUUGUUUACUCCGAGCAUGAUGACUUGUUCUAUAAGAAAGAAUGAUGCUACUAGCUCUCAUGAACGAACUCGUUUAAUCUUGAAAGAGUUCUCUCAGACCCAAUGCUAA